CCCACGCUGGGAUUAGCUGUCCUUCUCUUUGCCCUCCCUGAAUUCCAUUCCGCCUUUUACUUUCUCGGCUUCCCUCUCUGCGCUCCGGAGGACUUCCCAGUGACUUUGCGUGGCCGCAUUCAGCCCCACUCUGACUAACUCAAAGUCCCAAAGUACUGCUGCUGCUGCUGCUGCUGCAGCGGAGAGUGCGCAGGAAGGAGAAGAAGCACGUUUGGAGGUCUCGACAUUUGUUGUGUUUCCGCAACCUUUUUCCCCUCCCCUCUUCCUUAAGGAAACGAGCGCGAGCAGGGAAUAGUUUUUACCUGUUGAUGAGGUCCCACGGGUGGCAGAGGAGCAGGCGCAUACAGUGUGAAAAAAACUCGCUCCAGCAGCGGAUCGCGGGAAGCGAGUAAAGGACCCCGGGAUUUUUUUCUUUCCUUUUUCCCCCAGCAGAAGCAACCUUUGCUGGGUUGGUGGAAAAAUGGGCUCUUCGACCUCCUGGAGCUGUGGACUUAUGGUGUCUUUGAUACUCGCAUGUCAGCUUGUUUCUGUGAGUCAGGCCUCCAAGGUGUGGGGAGAGGUUCCGCUUCCAGAAGAUUUGGAGUCAGAAAAAGAUGUCCGGGCAUCUCUGAGUUUACUGGAUGACGAUGAGGACUUUGCAGCUGAUGAAGUGUCAGGAGACCAGCCCAGUGGGGAGGAGGAUGGCAGCACUCCAGAGCCUGACAGCACAACUAUUGACCAACUGUUGAAGUCUUGGUAUCUGGGACACAUACAGAGCCCAAAUGAGGAGCAGUACAUUUAUUACCGAGCUCUUGUCAACUUCACAAACUCCGUGGUUUACGGCUCUGAACUCGAAGACAUCUUCUCUCCAGAAUAUAGGGAAAUUUCUGAAGCAGUGAUGGACACGCUGGAGUCUGAGUACAACAAGAUUCCAGGUGUCCAGACGGUUAAUGUGGUCCUGAUCAAAAAAGUGAUAAGAGAGGAUGGAGUUGAUGUCUUUGUGGAACUUGACGUGGGCUCUGAAUACAACAGCAAUGAAGAACAGAUCCGCACCGUCCUCUACAACGUGGUGAAGGAAGGAGCUAUUGCUUCCUACAUCACAUCAGUCCAGGGUUUUCAGUUCAGGCAGCUUGGGAAAGUAGAAACUCUGCCUUCAGUGGACCCUAUAGCAGUACCAGUAACACCCAUUAAAAGGCCUUGCAUGGCUGACGAGUUCAGGUGUGGUGAUGGAACAUGCAUCCUGAUAGACUACGUGUGUGACAACAGACCCGACUGCACAGACUUGACUGAUGAAACCAAUUGUGAUAUGAUUAGGUCCAUCCCUGUGGUCGCCACAACCCCUGCUGCGAUCACUCCCACUCCUGGACCAGGGGGCCCCCGGCCUCCCAUCCCACCUCUCCGGUGCAAAGCAGAUCAAGCUAGAUGCCAGAGUGGAGAAUGUAUUUCUCGAAUUUUUAUUUGUGAUGGAGAACGGGACUGCCAAGAUGGUAGUGAUGAACUGAGAUGUGGCACGCCGUCUCCCUGUGAGCCCAAUGAGUUCAAGUGUAAAAAUGGCCGCUGCGCCCUCAAGUUGUGGCGUUGUGACGGCGACAAUGACUGCGAAGAUAACUCUGAUGAGACCGACUGCCCUACCAAAGGUCCCAAUGACAGAUGCAGUCCUGAGCAGUUUGAAUGCCGUAUUGAUAAAAAAUGCAUCCCAGCCAGUUACCAAUGUGAUGAAGAGCCAGACUGCGCAGAUCGCACCGAUGAGAUCGGCUGCACCCCUCCUACUGUGGUGAGCCCGCCAGAGGAGUCAGUCGAGGCAGCGCGGGGGUCGACUGUGACGUUUACCUGUCAGGGUGCUGGCGUUCCAACACCCAUCAUCACCUGGAGACUCAACUGGGGGCAUAUUCCCAAAAACGACAGGUUUAUUAUGACCAGUGAGAAUGGCCGCGGUACCCUUACUAUUCGCGAUGUGAAAGAGGCAGACCAGGGGGCGUACACCUGCGAGGCCAUCAAUGCCAAAGGCUUGGUGUUUGGUAUCCCUGAUGGAGUGUUGACUCUCAUCUCUAAUCCCAACCCAGAAAAUUGUCCUGAUGGUCACUUCAGGGUGGAUGAUCGCUGCAUCUCCUGCUUCUGUGCUGGAGUCUCAAAGAACUGCAAGAGAACUGGACGCUACCGAAACCAGAUUAGCCUGCGCUUCACUGAGGAGGAGAACUUCAAAGGAGUUAAUGUCACCUACCCCUUCAGGCCAGGUACUCCACCCCUCUCUUCCACUCAGCUCCUCAUUAACCCCGAGAUGGAAGAGUUCCAGCUUGUUGACUUGUCUCGCCGGUUCCUCAACCUUGAAUCCUACUGGACCUUACCUCAGCGGUUCCUUGGCAACAAAAUUGACUCAUAUGGAGGCUCACUAAGAUUCAAGGUGCGAUACACACUUGCUCGCGGCCUUUCUGAGCCAGUGGCGAGAUCGGAUGUGAUCAUAGUAGGAAACAGACGCAGGCUUAUAUAUCGCAGAGGCGAUCACACCCCUCCCAAUGUGGUCAACCAGAAAGAGAUCAUAUUCACUGAAGAGCACUGGCAGCACUCCAGCGGCCUCCCUGUCAGCCGCGAGGAGCUGAUGAUGACGCUGGCCAACCUGGAGAGCAUCAGCAUCCGCACCAUCUAUGAUAACCACAUGGUCAGCGCAGCACUCAGUCACAUUGUCAUGGAUACCACCACAGUGGAGUUCAGCACUCUUGGCCAUGCUAAGGAUGUUGAGGAAUGCAGAUGUCCUCCUGGAUAUACGGGCCUGUCUUGUGAAAUGUGUCUCUCUGGUUUUGAGCGCGUCCCCGGUGGUCGCUAUCUUGGUACCUGUGCAGGCUGUAACUGUAACGGACACGCGACAGCCUGCGAUCCGAUCAGUGGAUACUGUCUGAGCUGCCAACACAACACAGAGGGCCCGCAGUGUAACAAGUGUCGCCCUGGCUAUUUUGGCGAUCCAACCCGAGGUCGUCCUGACGACUGCAAACCCUGCCCUUGUCCAUACACUGAGACAUCACGGCGGUUUUCCGACACCUGCUUCCUGAACGUUGACCAGCAGCCCACAUGUGACGCCUGCAGGCCAGGAUACACAGGAAGACGUUGUGAAAAGUGUGCUCCUGGUUACCAGGGCAACCCCCUCCUGCCUAAUGGAAGAUGUGUUCAAAUUUCACCCUCCACUUGUGAUAACAGAGGAACUAUCAGCUCCAGCAGCAGACCAUGCAGCUGCAAGAACAACGUGGCAGGCGAUCUUUGUGAUGAGUGCAAGGCUGGAUUCUUCCAUCUAUCAGAGGCCAACCCUGAAGGCUGUUUGCGCUGUUUCUGCAUGGGAGUGUCCUCACAGUGUGCCAGCUCCUCCUGGAGUAGAGAUCAGGUGCGAGGAGGAGUGAAUGGGCAGCUCUUCACCCUCUCAAACAGCGCCAACACCAAAACAAUUUCUGAUGACAUCGUCCAGAGGGGCUCCUCUGUCGUCUACAGCCCCUACUCAAGAGGCUCCAGUGAUGUCUUCUUCUGGGUGUUGCCUGAGAGCUUUAGAGGAGAUAAGGUGACGGCUUAUGGCGGGGAGCUCAGCUACACCGUGACCUUUGAACCUUAUCAGCGCUCACUGGUGGUUGACGGACAGCCAGACGUGGUUCUCCAGGGCAACGACAUCUUCCUGGAGCACUACUCGCAGAUUAAGCCCCUCCCACGAGAACCACAAGCUAUGACUGUGACGUUCAGAGAGUCUUCGUGGCGUCGCUCUGAUGGGCAGCCAUGUACUCGGGAGCACCUGCUAAUGGCGCUCUCUGAUGUUUCUUUGUUCAUGAUCCGAGCCACCUAUGUUGACAGCAUGCGAGAGACCAGCAUCUCAGAUAUCAAGAUGGACAUCGCUGUUCCUCAUGUUACUGGUAGUGAACGAGCCCUGGAGGUAGAGGAAUGUGCCUGCCCAAUAGGAUACAGAGGAGCUUCUUGCCAGGAGUGUGAUGUGGGUUAUGCGCGGACCACCUCUGGUCUUUACCUUGGCACGUGUGAGAGGUGCAACUGCAACGGCUACUCCAGCAGCUGUGACCCAGAGACCGGCAGGUGUCUGCAAUGUCUUCACAACACUGAUGGAGAGAGAUGUGAAAAAUGUCUGUCUGGAUUUUAUGGAGACCCUACAAGGGGUGGUCCGGUGCCCUGUAAGCCCUGUCCCUGCUAUGGAGUCACUUCCAAUGCUCAAUUCUCCCCAGAGUGCCACCUGGGCUCUGACGGUCAACCAGUCUGUGAUACUUGUCCUCCUGGAUUGACAGGCUUGCGCUGUGAAAGAUGUGCACCAGGAUAUAUUGGCAACCCGCUGCGGGGACAGGAAUGUGUGCCUGACAAUGAUAUCAAUGGCAACUGUUAUAACUGUAACCAAGAUGGCAGAGAAAGCUGCUCUGGUGGUGUGUGCCUGUGCAAGAUGAACGUUGAAGGUCCAUCUUGCUCCACCUGUAAAGCUGGAACCUUCCAUCUCAGCCACAAAAACAAAGAUGGCUGUUUGUCCUGUUUCUGUAUGGGUGUCACUCAGCAGUGCACCAGUUCUACAUACUACAGAGAUGUGGUCUCUUCUGUCUUUACUCCAAGAAACUUUCAGGGAUUCGCUCUGGUAAACCGCCAGAGAACCAGUCGUGUUUCUACUGGUUUCACUGUGGAGAUUUCCACCGAAGGCACUCAGCUGUCCUACAGCAACUUUAACAACUUGGGACAGGGCCCGCACUACUGGCAGCUUCCAGAUGUUUACCAAGGAGAUAAGAAAGAUUCUUACUUUUCUCGUGUCAAACGAGCACAUCAGAGUGACUCGUAUUUGCCAGAGGAACAGCUAAGGAAGGAUGCUUCUGUUUGGAGUCUAAUGGCCGCCGAACGUAAGGCCAAACAAAGACCAAAAAGAGACAGCCAGAAUGAUGUCAAAAAGCUGGAUGAUGAGGUCUGGGCAUUUCAGUUUAACUUCUCCAAUGGACAAGCCGGUUUCCCUCCAUUUCUCCCCCCUCCUAAAUCCUCUUCAUUUCCCUCCUCCCGGGUCCCGAACUCUUCUUCUCCUCAAUGGUCUUUGCAUAACCUGAGCCUCCCCUCCCCCGCAUCCGGUGUUUCUUCCACUGUUAGACCAACCCGGCCCCAGUCUUACUCACCAGGCCACGUCCCUAGUCUGCAGAGCAAGAACACUUUCAGCAAGUCUGUUGGUUCUCCUGGAGGCAGCAGUAAGUAUGCUCUGGUCUACAAAGGUUUCAGCUCGCAGCAAGACGAUGUGCUGUACUGGCAGCUCCCUGAGCAGUUCACAGGGGAAAAGGUGGGUUCUUAUGGUGGCAAACUGAAAUACACCAUAACCUAUGUGACCGGUUCCAGAGGAACAGAACUCGAAGAUGCUGAUGUUCAGAUAAUUGGUAAUGACAUCACACUGGUAGCCCGUCAGGCAUGGCAGAGGAACCAGCCAGGCGGCAGAGAGAGAAAACAGUUUGAGGUCAUCUUUAGGGAGGAACACUGGCGAAGACCUGAUGGCAUGCCUGCCACCAGAGAGCACCUGAUGAUGGUCCUGGCUGAUCUGGAUGAUAUCCUGAUCCGAGCUUCCUACUCCACUGAAAUGCGCUCGUCUAGCAUCUCUGACGUCAGUAUGGAGGUGGCUGUGCCCAACUACAGCGGCUUGGCACAGGCCUUCGAGGUGGAGCAGUGUCGCUGCCCGCCUGGCUACCAAGGGCUUUCCUGCCAGGAUUGUGCACCUGGCUUUACUCGUACAGGAGGAGGUUUGUACUUGGGUCACUGUGAGCCCUGUGAUUGCAAUGGCCACUCUGACUCCUGCCACCCGGAAACUGGCACCUGCACAAGCUGCCUGCACAACACGCAGGGAGAUUUCUGUGAGCAGUGCGCCCCUGGCUUCUUUGGCGACCCGACUGCUGGCACCCCGGAAGACUGCCAGAGAUGUGGCUGCCCUCACACUGACCCAGACAACCAAUUCUCUCCUACAUGCGAGAGCCUUGGUAAUGGAGACUACCAGUGCACUUCCUGCCAGCCUGGUUAUACUGGCCAGUACUGUGAACGUUGUGCUGCAGGAUACGUUGGCAACCCACAGGACAGAAAUAAGUGUCGCCCAAAUGACGCAGCCUACCUGGAGGUGAAAGUGUAUCCAGAGCGGUUUGUAGCCACACCGGGCAGCUCUGUCACACUGCGCUGUCAGGUCUCUGGAUUUCCUCCACACUACUUCUUCUGGUCCAGACAGGAUGGACGGCCCAUCUCCAGCAGUGUUGACAGACGCAGACAAGGAGCAGAGCUGUACUUCUCCAGCGUCCAGCCGAGUGACGCCGGCAUCUACAUCUGCACCUGCCAAGACCUGCGUGGCUCCAACAGGAGCCAUGCUGAGAUUAUUGUUGCAGGUGGCCCAACUAAACCCAUAGAGGUUACAGUUGAGGAGCCUAAGUUUCAGACCGUGAGGGUCGGCUCCACUGUCAACUUCAUUUGUACUGCAAAGAGCAAGUCACCGGCCUACACACUGGUGUGGACCAGGAAAGGCAACAGGAAGCUUCCCAACCGCGCCACAGACUUCAAUGGCAUCUUGACGAUUCAGAACGUCCAGCCUGAGGAUGCGGGCGUCUACGUUUGCACGGGCUCCAACAUGUUUGCCAUGGAUGAAAGUAGUGCCACCCUCUACGUGCCAGAGGCCUCACAGACUCAGAUGUUUUACACAGCCUAUGAAAUGUUUGAAGGACACAGAAAGCCUGGGGAGGCGGCCCAACCCGUCGCAACCAUCACCCCCUCGGUACUAAACGUCCGGCAGGGUCAGCGGGCAGAACUUCGCUGCUCCGUGACUGGAAACCCAACUCCAGCUAUAGAAUGGAUCGGUGGUCCAGGAUACAGGAUGAGUCCAAGAGCUGUGAUAAGAAACGGCAUCCUCACAAUCCCAGCAGUGGAUCCGGCUGAUGCAGGGGAGUACAUCUGCAAGGCCCUGAACACUCACGGCGAGCACACAGCACGGGCCUCCCUCCAUGUCCAAAGAAACACCCCCAGUGGUAUUGGCACUCAGCCCCAAGUCCAAGUCAGUCCUCAAAGUGCCGACAUCCGUGAAGGGGAACCCUUGAGGUUGUACUGCAGAGCGACAGGUUCGCCCACCCCAAAGCUCACCUGGCUGAAAAAUGGAGGACAGCUCCCCCCAGAGGCCAUUCCCUCUCACGGUUUCCAUCAGUUUAAAAGCAACAGUCUCGAUGUGUUACACAGACGUAUUGAGGAGCUGCAGGCCCAAACGGACCGCACCGACAUUGGCACUCUCUUCAUCCCUAACAUUAAACUCUCUGACGCUGGCACUUACAUGUGUGUUGGUAGCAACAGUGUCGGCUCAAACAGCGCUCCAAUUCGGGUCACUGUUCUCAGAGCAGAGCAUUCCUUUUCUGUUGUCACAAUCCAGCCGUCUAUCGCUGAUGUCCAAGAGGGCCAGACUCUGGAACUGAACUGCUUUCCUCCUGGAAAUCCUCCUCCCAGAGUCAUCUGGACAAGAGCCAGCGGACACUUCUCUGCCAACCAUCAGGUUGCUGGCAAUCAGCUUCGUAUCCUUUCCGCCACUUCGGAGGACUCAGGAGAGUACAUCUGUCGGGUACAGGGAGCGGGGAGCUCAGGCCCGGUCCAUCAGGCCUCUGUCUCCGUCUCCGUCACUUCAUCUUCUUCACGCCUACAGAGUCCCAUCAUUGGCGUUGAGCCCCACAGCUCUGCAGUGCGUGUCGGGGAGUCAGCCAGCUUCAGAUGCCAGGUGUACAGUGGAGCCCAGCCGGUCAGGCUGGAGUGGAAGCUUGCCAACAACCAGCCUCUGCCAGAUAAUGUCAGAGUUAACUCUGAUGGCUCCGUUAUCACCAUCGUCAAGGCUCGCCCACAAAACCAUGGAGCCUACCGCUGUGUGGCGAGCAAUCCAUUUGGCAUCACUCAAACCAUAGUGUCUUUGCUUGUUAAAGAGUCUCCCGGGGCCAUUGUUACCCCUGUUGGGCCCCUUCGGGUCAGGGUAGGUGAGCCCAUUAACCUGGAGUGCCAAGCUUCAGGAGAACCCCGCCCUUCAGUGUCCUGGCACAGACUGGAUAACAACCGGAAGACCACCCUGACCAGUCCUGUACCCAUGGACUCCAAUGCAGUCAUGCAGAUUCUUGUUGCCCGUCCAGAGGACAGUGGGACGUAUGUCUGUGUGGCUCGUAACACUGAGGGAACUACCGAGACCAGAGUGGAAGUGAUCAUAGAGGGAGGAUCUCAAAUGCCCUCGGUGCCGAGAGCCUUGGUUCCUGAUCCGCUCAUGAUCGUGGUGGAGGGACAGACCGCGACUCUGCGCUGUGAUGCCUACGGAUUUCCCUCUCCGGUUAUUAUGUGGUCCAAACUGCGCUCCGCUCUGCCUUGGAGGCACAAGGUGGUGAACAACAGCUUGGUGCUGCAAUCUGUCGGUCGACAAGACUCUGGAGAAUACAUCUGCAACGCCACAAACAACAUGGGAACUAGUGAAGUCACCAUCAUGCUAGAAGUGGAGACUCCUCCUUAUGCCACUUCGGUGCCUGAUGACGUGGCUGUGCGGGUCGGAGAGGUGAUCAGGUUGCAAUGCCUGGCCCAUGGUACUCCUCCCUUGACCUAUACAUGGACCAAACUGGAUGGCGUCCUGCCUUCCAGAGCUCAGGCCAGCGAAGGCGAUCUGCAGAUCGACCUGGCCACUUCCGAGGAUGCUGGGAGCUACAAAUGUGUGGCCAGCAACAGAGUUGGCAGCAGCGAAGUAGUUGCUAAAGUCACAGUCAGAUCACCUCUGGCGGUGCGCGUUUCCCCCCAGGUUGAGGUGAAAGCUCAGGGCAGUGCUGUAGAGUUCACCUGCUCUGCAGCUGGAGGAGUUCAUACCCAGAUUGAAUGGUUGAAGGAAGGAGGAGCCUUGCCUCCAAACCACGACAUAAAGGAUGGUGUUCUCAGAAUUGAAAACUUGGAGCAGGGCAAUGAAGGUGUUUACAUCUGCAGAGCAACCAGUGCAUAUGGUCAAGCACAGGACACUGCAAGACUAACCAUUCAAGCUCUGCCAAAGGUGAUGAUUAAUGUACGAACCUCAAUGCAAACCGUGAUGAUUGGGAACGCUGUGGAGUUUGAGUGCCAUGCUGUCGGUGAUCCAGAGCCCACAGUCAGGUGGAGUAAAGUUGGAGGCCCACUUCCUUCACACAUCAUGGUGAAAGACGGCAUGCUGAGGAUCAGUCAGGUGACCGAGGCAGACGCCGGCCAUUACCGCUGCACAGCCACCAACGAUGUAGGCUCAGUUCAGUCUCAAGUGCUACUCAACGUCCAGUCUCUUCCGCAAAUUUCUGCACUGCCAGAAACAAAGGAGGUGACCGUUGGGUCUGAUGCAGUCAUGCCUUGCUUAGCUUCAGGAUAUCCAGUCCCUGAUAUCAAAUGGACAAAGUCGGAAGGAGAACUUCCUCCUAAGUGCUUCCAGGAAGCCAACGUGCUGACAGUUCCUCAGGUCACCCACCAGGACUCUGGCACAUACAUCUGCACCGCCUCUAACGAGCACGGCAAAGUGGCAGCUUUCACCAAACUUGAAGUCCAUGAGAGAGUGAUGCCGUACUUUGCCCAGGAACCUGUAUCUUACCUCACACUGCCCACCAUUAAAAAUGCCUACAAGGCUUUCAACAUAAAGAUCAACUUCAGACCUGAUAAUGUUGAUGGUCUCAUAUUGUAUGCUGGCAUGAUCCUCUACAACGGCCAGAGAAGAACAACAGGAGCCGACUUCAUCUCUCUGGGACUUGUGAGUGGACGGUUGGAGUUCAGGUUUGAUGUGGGCUCUGGCAUGGCCACCAUACGUGACCCCAACCCCAUUAAACUGGGAGAGUUUCACACGGUGGAGGUCUAUCGCAACCUUACUCAGGGUUAUAUCACUGUGGACGGCGGGGAGCCCAUCAGUGGAAAAUCACAGGGAAAGUUCCAGGGCCUUGAUCUGAAUGAGGAGCUGCAUGUGGGUGGUUACCCCAACUACACAUCAAUUGUAAAAACAGCUGGCAUUAAGACCGGUUUUGUGGGAUGUAUUCGUCAGCUGGUCAUCCAAGGAGAGGAAGUAAUCUUUAAAGAACUUGACCGCAGCUCUACUGGCGUCACAAAUUGUCCCACCUGCAUAGAUUAUCCAUGCCAGAAUGGAGGAACGUGUAAGGAUUCAGAGGCCAGCUUGUACAGGUGCACCUGCCCCCGAGGAUUCACAGGCAGCAACUGCCAGCAUCACUCGUCUCUGCACUGCCACUCAGAGGCCUGCGGACCCGAUGCUACUUGCAUCAACCGGCCGAACGGCCUGGGCUACGACUGUCGCUGCCAUCUGGGCAAGUUUGGAAACAAAUGCAUGCAAGGUGAGCUUGUGAUGACUCCACUGUUUGAUGGGGAUGAGUCGUACAUAGCCUACCCACCCCUGACCAUUGUCCAUGAUGACCUGCGUGUUGAGCUGGAGUUCAAACCACUGGGAAGGAAUGGCCUGAUGUUCUUCUGCGGCGGUAGAAAAACCAAGGUGGAGGACUUUGUGGCCGUUUCAAUGGUGGAGGGUCAUGUGGAGUUCAGAUAUGAACUCGGCACAGGACAGGCAGUCCUUCUCAGUCCUCAGCCGGUCUCCCUGGGCCAGUGGCACAGAGUUGUAGCUGAGAGAAACAAGAGGUCUGGCCACCUUAGGGUGGACCAGGGCCCAGUGCAAAGGAGGAUGUCUCCAGGAAAAGCCCAAGGCCUCAAUAUCCACACUCCAAUGUACCUGGGAGGAGUGCCGAGGAUGGACAUCCUGCCCAAACCGGCAAAUGUCACUCAGAUGUUUGACGGUUGCAUCGGAGAGGUUUCCAUCAACAACAAGAAGGUGGACUUGUCCUACAGCUUCACAGAGAGCAAAUCAAUUAACAAAUGUGUGGACAACAGCCCCUGUGACCGCCGGCCCUGCCUGAACGGUGGGGAAUGCAUGUUCAAUGCAGAAUAUGAGUACCAGUGCCUGUGCAAAGACGGAUUUGAAGGUGAACGUUGUGAGGUGGUAAAAUUUGUGUGCCAGAGCGACAUCCAGUGCCAAAAUGGAGGAACUUGUGUUGAAGGCAAAUGUGUAUGCAUUUCUGGACACACAGGCCUCACCUGUGAGGAAAGCCAGGUCUUCAGCUUCGCCGAGGCCAUGCGGAGUUCAGAAACCAGCGAGGCGAAUGAUUCCCCCUAUCAAUAUGCAGCUCAUUUCCAAAGUGACGGGUACAUUGCCCUCCCUAAAUCAAUUUUCCCAAGAAGUGUCCAUGAUGCUCCAGAGACAAUAGAAAUGGAAAUUAACACCAGCUCCUCUGAGGGCCUGAUUUUAUGGCAGGGAGUGGAGACGAAAAGCGCACGAAAUUUGCGAAAGGUGCAUGCUAGUGAAAAGGUACCUGGAGAACAUAGCAAAGGAAAGGACUUCAUCAGCCUUGGCCUACAGAACGGACACCUAGUUUUCAGUUACCAGCUGGGCAGUGGAGAGGCAAGAAUAAAAUCAACAACCGCCAUCAACGAUGGAAAGUGGCAUAAGAUCACAGCAUUUAGAGCUGGAAAAGAUGGUUUCAUCCAAAUUGAUGGAGGAGACGAACAACAUGGACAAUCUAAAGGCAAAAGCCUCAUGGUUAACACCAAAGGCAGCAUAUAUCUGGGUGGAGCUCCAGAUAUGACUGCUAUGACAGGAGGAAAAUUUUCAUCAGGAAUCAGCGGCUGUGUUCGGAACCUGAUGCUGAUGAACACUCGGCCUGGACUGCAGCCUGGCCAGCUGAUUGAUCUGCAGGCUCACGCUGCCCACGGCAUCAAUGUUCAGCCCUGCUCUUCAUAGACAUACAUACACCAGGACACGCACGCACACAAGCACACGCACACAUUGAGAGACUACGGAGUGAUUACACAUGCAGCAAACUCCCUUGGACAGACUUAACAAACUUGGUGCUUUGCUGCAACCAAAAAAAAAAAAAAACACAAAAUAAUAGAAAACAAACCAUGACGCAAUUGAUGCUUUUCUCUGUGUGCAGCAAAACCAAAAAGAGAGGAAAAUUUAAAACAAUAUUAACAAGUCUUCUCUGCCUCAGUGUUGUAUUCUGAAUGAAGGACUGAAAAAGGAUGAGUAGUAAGGUUUUCAUACUUCCAGCAGUACUUUUAGCCGUGAGAAGAUUAUUAGUAGAGCUCAUUAGCCUUUCUACGAUAGGUCAGGUCCUAUGGAGUUGGAGAUAUUUUGACAGCACUGAAUUUUUUUUAUUUAUAUACAUUUGAAUAUAUAUAAUGUUUGUGGGGGAAAAACAUGCAAACUAACAUUACAACAGCUCUUUAUCUUUCCUAGAAUUUAUUCUGGGUUAUUAUACUGUAUGUCUGAGGCUUUUUACAGGCCCAACUCUACUGUUACUUGAAAAUACGCAGGCCUUUUUUUUCUUCACUUCUGUAGGGAAAUCUUUAUCUGCGAGCAUGCUUGGCAAACUGUUGGGAGAUGAACAUACAUGGUCACAGUCACAUUCAACUCCAGUACACAACUCAGGAUGCCAAAUACAAACAAAUAACAAUUGUUAGAAGUAUGACUGUUUAUUUGUUUUUUUUCUUCCACUUUUAAGUAAGUCACAACACUUUUUAUGUCUUCUCUUUCUUUAUUUGUUAUUUUUUAUGAACAGAAAUGAAACUUGGUGCUAAUUUUCACACAUGAAGAUGCAAUGUGUGUCUCUGUUACAUGCAGAGGUCUUUUUUUCUAGUAAUUUGGCGUUAGUUGUAGUUUUAAAAAAUUAAGAAGCAGUAGAUUAUUUGUUGGUAUGCAUGAAAUUUCACAUAGCUCUACAAUAUGGCAUGGUUUUUUGCUUUCACUUGCCUUUUAUGAUUGAGUAGAUCUCAAAAAGAAGUAAAAAAAAAUUUUUUUUUAAAAAGUGUAAUUUUUUUUAUGUGUGAUUGUGUUGAAUAUGUUAUUUUAUGUGUUUAGAUUAUCUGCCAGCCAGGUAGAUAACAAUGUCAGUUGAGGAAGUGAGUGUAUUCAAUAUGUUGCUCAAGUAUGUUUUAACUUUAUCUGUUUGCAGCAGGUCACUCCAUUUUAAGACAGGAGUGAAUAUGUGUCUGUUUCCAUAUCCUCAGGAGAGUCAACCCAGAACUGCCUGCCUCAGGUUUUUAACCCUAAUGUCGAGUUUGGUAGCUUUAAAUUCAACAUGGAAAGCUAAAAACCUCUGAUAGCACUGUGGGUUGUUUACUCUGCAGAGAUAGAUUCAUCUACAGCAGCUCAUAUUCAUGUUCGGUCAGAAGAAACCUCCUGCAGCGUGCUGUGAUCUGUAGUGUAGCUCCGAUAAGCAUGCUCACACGCUUCCUUUCAACCACGUGGCAAACCACAGCCACACAAUUAUUUGGGGGUUUGGAUUUUUUUCUUACUGUUAGCUGAGAAUAUUUGUUUUGAUAAUCCUAAAAUGAGCAUCUUUUCAUUUUAUUUAUUUCAUUCAUUUUGUUCUGCUUUCUUGCCUGUUUUUCCACCACUUUUGUUGAUUGAUUAGCUUUCUAAUAUCUGGGGUUCUUGUCUAUUGUCUCCUGUACUCUAUUGUCGCUCCCCCACUCAGCAAAUUCCUCUCAAAUUGCCCACACAAAGUACUAGACUGGAGCUUCCCUGUCCCAGUGGAUAAAAACUGGUCUUAUUCUUUGAAACAAUAAGUCUUAGGCAUCUAGUGCAUGAAUGCAUGAAAUUGGUGUUAUCAUGAAUGAGCAGGAGCUAUGGUCCAGCUGUGGUUGUUGCCUGCAUUUUGGGUAUCUGACCUAAACCCGGAUUGUUACAUAUAAGAUAUCAAUUACCUAAUACAAACUUGUCUAGAAACAGUCUCUGUUUAUUGGUUUAGAAUUUUUAUUUUUACCUUUAUUAUGUUGAAAAGUCCACUUUAAGUAAUGAGUGAAAUUUUUAUGUUGGUUCCAUAAAAAAAAGGGUAUUUUUUACUUCUGAACAAAAUUUGGGAAUUAACUUAAUGAAAGUACUGGAAUAUAAUUUUGAUGUCAUUAAGAUCUGGCUUUUUCAUUACCCAUGUUGGAAAGGUUCUCCCAUUCACUCUAUGUUUCCUAAAUAAAAAUAAAAUUCAUGUGC